AUGGUGUUCUUCAGGCCGAGCUGGAACACCGACUUGGAGUAUGAGCGGCACGCCAGAGCGUUGAACAUGUCGAACAGCACAAAGCACGUGAACGUCAUCGUGGUGUCUCUUCUGGUGACCGAGUCCUUCAUCUCUCUCACGUACACGUACAUGGUUCCGAUGAUAAUGAAAAAGGCAGCGGUGAGCACGCGCUUGAGAACAGCCACGGUGAGAAUCCGCUCGGACCGGGAUCUUGGCGGCUUGUUCAUCACCUCCUGGUCAACAGGCUCCACGCCGAGCGACUGGGCUGGCGGACCGUCCAUCAGAAUGUUGAUCCACAGAAUCUGCAUGGCGUUCAGCGGGUUUGGCAGGUUAAAUAAGGUCGAUACAGCAAUCAGCGAUAGCGCAGCCACAGACGUGGACAGCUGGAACGUGAGGAAGUUCUGGAUGUUGUUGAAAAUUCCCUUACCUUCUCUGAUGGCGUGCAAGAUCGUCGAGAAGUCGUCGUCUGUGAGCACCAUGUCGGCAGCUUCCUUGGCCACGUCGGUUCCGUUCUUACCCAUAGCAAUACCAAUGUCCGCCAGCUUCAAAGCCGGGGCGUCGUUCACUCCGUCUCCCGUCAUGGCCACAAUGUCUCCACGCAGUUGCAAAGCACGCACAAUGGCCACCUUGUGUUCAGGAGUGGUUCUGGCAAACACAGAAACGUACUGA